UAGUCUGUGAUAAUGGUUAGCAAGUUAUGCUCAUGAAAGGCAGUUAGUUCUAUGCAUUGUGUCGAGUCUACUUGUGCAGAGUGGUGGUCAUCAUACUAAGGAAGAUUAUGCUGUGAGAGGCAAAGAACCAAAGGAUGAAGUUCAAAUCUACACUUGGAAAGAUGCCAAUCUUCGUCAAAGAAGUUUCUGUAGCGGCUAGGAGAAGAGACGCGAGAUUAUCUUUUGCGUUUGUUUAUCCUGACAAGAAUGGCCGGUUUAUUGUCAGACAGGUUGGUCAGACGAUGUCUUAUCCAAACCGAAAACAACCAGACGACAGUAAAACACUCGCUGACCUUCAUUUUGAGAUUGGAGAUUAUCUGGAUGUAGCAAUCUACUAGGAGGAGGUUUCUGUUUCUCGUCAAGUGAGAUUUAGGUGUGUCUGUGUUUGUGC